AUGUAGAGAAAUUAGAUAUUUGAGCAUUGUAAGGACCCUGAAAAUGAAGGACUUUCAAUUUGGUAGUACCCUAAUUUAAGAAAGAGACCUCUAUUCUUAACUUCAACGCUUAGAACAAUUCCAAAAUUUGAUUCUAACUCAUCCUAUAUAGUAAUUCAGUCGAAGAAUAACUAUUCUAUUCUUAACGAUGCCCCUUAUAAUUCAUACAAGAUAUUUUUCUGGGUAGGCUCAAGAUCUCAAGAUUAUCAAGUAAAAUUCUAAGAGACAGUUUAGAUGCUUCAAGAACUAGAAGAGGAGGUUCCCCAAACUAAAAUUAGAUAUUAUAUUGAGUUUCAAUACUCUGAGAGUUUUUAAUUCUUCGCACUUUUCAAGCGAUAAGAUCUGAAUAUAGAAAGAACAACUGAACUUAGCGCUAUUGCUUAUCAAGAUUUUUAUAAAGUUAAUAUUUUGACAAAGUUCAUCCCUUUCCCUAAGUUGAUGAUAUUCGAAAUGAUUGAUCAUCCUUCAGAAUACAAGAAAUUUUUUGUAAGAAUAUACGAGAAAAAAGAAUUAGACACUAAGAUCAAGUCUUCAAUGAUCUAUUUCUUUAUGCAAGGUGUCUAUGUUAAUAGUAAAGGUGCAAUUGUAAAUCCUGGUGAAGCCACGAAGGAUGAAGUAUCUGAAAGAAUAAACCAUAUAGACGUACUCUACGGCAGUAAAGCAAAUUAUGAACUCAUCCAAUUUGUAAAGCGACUCUUAGAUAACUAUAAGAUAUAGUUUUUAGAUAAAAUAGAGAUUAGUGAAGUAAGGUAGAAAGGAGAAAGUUUAUUACCUCUUUGGGUAGAAAUUGAGGAAAAAGCAAUCUUCAUGAAUUCCGAAGUAGAUCUGUCUUGGCCUUGCGAAAAAGAGGAUAUAGAAUCAGAGCUUUAUCCCUAUCCAUAUGCUAUUUAAAAUUCAUGGGACUGGAACUCCAAGAGUGAGGAAGAAAUAGAAUCUACUUUUGAGGAUUAAGAAAAUGUGAAGUAUAAUAUUCAAAAUGAAUAUAACAUCACUAUGAAAAAGGCAGAUAUUGAAUUCGAUCCAAAUUAACUUUAACUAUUUAGAUUGAGUCUAUCUAUAAAUGAGUCUAGAGCAACUUAGUAUCAAGUCUAGUCAAGGGCAACAUAAUAAUUAGAUCUAGAUUUCUCAGAUAAAUAUAUUGUAGCAUUCUAGUAAAUUAAACUAAAAGGGACUGAUUCCAAUAUGCUGAACAGCAAUCAUUCUUACAUAAUAUACUCACCAUUUACAUUAUUCUUAUGGCAUGGUGCUGACAUAGAUCUUGAAAGGAAAAAAUCUUCACUUUACAUCCUUAAAAUGUUUUUGAAUUCAAAACUCUACGAGCAUAUUAAUUAUCAACCAUCAUAUAUGGACUAAAAUCAAAACCUCAGCACGAUAAAGUUCAGAGUUGAGUUGUAAUACUAUGAAUCCUAGAGAUUUAAAUCAUUUUUUGAAAAAACAUGGAAUGACGAUAAACUAGAUUAUCAAAUGAUGGCCAUGGAGAAAAUAAAUAAAGCAAAUGUUGACAAUAGUAGUGAAGAGGAAUAUGAUAAUGAGGAGGAAAAAGAUUAAUUUGAUAAUUUUAACAUGCUUGCAGAAUAGAGACAAUAAACUUCAUCAAGAAUGCUGUCUGAAAUAAAUAGUUUUGAGUAAAAGCAAAAGACUAGUCAAGUGAGAAGAAUUCAAAAAGAAAGUAUUAAUAUUAAGGAAAGGCCUUAAACUGUGGCAGAUAUAAAAUCAUUUAGUCGAAACAAUACUCUCCUGGCUAAUGAAAGGAAAUCUGAGAUACCUGUAGAUGAAAACUUAGAUUAAGAAAAAUUUAAUAGUCUUGUUUACUCCUUUUUUGAACCGAUGAGCAUUUUAAGUAGAUAUUAAACGUAGAGAGAAACCCAAUUUGUUAGCUAAAAAUUUGAUUAGAUUGCUAUUUUCUCGAUUUAAGGUUCUAAAUUUGACUUAGUAAAUGCAGAUCAAAAUGAAACUGGCAUCCUUGAUGCAAGUAAGACAUACUUUAUUGUUUUCUCAAAUUAAAAUCAAGGAUAUCAAGCAAGUAUUAUUAAAGAUCUACAUGCUAUCUAUUUGUGGAGAGGCAGUGAUCAGUCAUCGAUGAAUGUUGUGAAGGCUUUGACUAAAAUUUAAGAAACAGAAUUUAGAAGUCUGAAGUAAAAUUAAACUGCAACUUAGCAGGCAUCAGGCUAUUCGAAAAGAAUGUCAAUGGACAACAAUAAUAACAAGAUUUUAGGGUUUUCAAAGAGCGCUUCAACAGUUCACUUGGAAAACGAUAAGAAGUUUGACGUAUCGAAGUUUGAUAUUUCAAAGGAUGAUACACUUCAAAAAUAAUCUAUUAAGAAGUAAAAUGUCCUCACACCUAUUCUAAACUUGAAGUUUGCUGCCAAGGAUAAAAUUAAUGAGACAAAAGUUAGGAACCUUAGAGCUCUAGUAGACGAUGAUUCUGGAGCCAUUAAUCUUAGAUCAAUUAUCAAAAUGGAUCAUGAACCAAUGCAUUUCCUUCAAGCAUUUUAGGGAGUCCUAAUUAUAAGGACUAAUGAUUAUCUUAAAAAAAUACAAAGUAAUAACGAUUAUGAUCCUAAUGAUGACUCAAAAUCAAUUAAUUAUGUAAUGCUAUUCUAACUAAUAGGAGUGCCAAAUCUUAAUCAAAGAGCAAGGGAGGUUCCUCCGUUCUACGAAAGUCUUACCACUUCUGGUCUCUACAUUAUGAUUACUAGUAAAGAAGUUCAUUUUUGGAUUGGCUAAGACUACUUUGACAAUUACUUGAAUGAUCAUAUUUAUAGGAAGCAGAGGAGAUUGAUAUCAGAUGUUCUUCUUAAAAAGCUAAUCACAAUGUAUAAUACAAUUCAUGAUGAGAUCCUUGAAACUAAAAGACCUUUGAUAUUUAAUAUUCAAGGUUAAGAAAAGAAGAAAUUCAUGAGAAUAAUUAAUGGAAAAAACUCAGAGUUAUCUGAUCAAGAGGAUGAUGAGAUAAUUGACACUCCAUACUUAAAUUUUGAGUCUAAUUUCAUUAAGAAGCUGGUACUUCCACAAGAGCCAAGAUUAUUCUGUUUGAUUUAUAAUGGAAAUAUUGUUGAAUACGACUCUGAAAGAUAAGAUGAUGAUUAAUUAAAGAGUCUUUUAACAGAGAGAUAAGCUUUGAUAUUCAAGGAAAUCCACAGCUUUAAUCAGAAAUCACUAGAUUAAAAAGGAGUGUUCUUGUUAGAUUUCUGUUCUGAGGCAUUCAUUUGGACUGGUAAGAAGGUGACAGACAAAGAUAGACUAAUGGUUUUGCAAUUAGCUUUCUAAACAUUAUGCUUCCUUCAUCCUCAAGGAUAAGACUAGAUUGAAAAGAUGGCAAUAUCAUUUAUUGAGAAUGGAUAUGAGCCUGAGAUCUUUAAGAAACAGUUCAAAGAUGGAUGGUAGAACUUUGACCAUACGAUGGCUGGAAUUAUUGAAAGCAGUGAUGAAGAAGAGGAUGAAGAAAAGCCAAGUCUCGAUGAUACAAUGAUGAUUAAUCAAAAGAUCAGUGAAAAGGGAAGUAAAAUUAAGGUUGAACUGAUUCCUGAGAGCUACUGGAUCAACUGA